UUUAUUUCAUCUCCUUUCCUUUUGCUUCGUUCCUUCCACUUCCUCUUCCAAAUGAAGGCAGAGAGAGGGAGCAAAAGCAAAAGCAACCAAAGCAAAAGCAGAAGAUCGCCAACUCCACUUUCCAUUCACCAAAAAAUCAAAGAAAAAGAAAGAGGAGAGAUGGAAGCCGGAACUAGAAAUACCUGGGAAUGCACCUUCUCAUCUUCCGAUGUGAAUCUCUUCUGCAAUGAUGGAGAUCGUGCCCGCAGAUUCCAGCCACGUACGGAACAGAAACUCUCUGCGUCCUCUUUCGAGGGCCAGGACCGCCGGAUAUGUUCCACAGCCCUUCGAUAGCGAGAAGCUGCCGCAGACACUGAUCAACAUCCGUGACUUCCUCCGUGUAGCCAAUGAGAUAGAAAGCGAAUCCCCUCGAGCUGCGUAUCUGUGUCGGUUCCAUGCUUUUGAAAGAGCACAUUCUGAGGAUUCCACAUCAAGUGGUCGAGGUGUUAGGCAAUUCAAAACCUCUCUUCUUAAAAGACUUGAACAGGAUGAAAAUGCUACUCUCUUGAUGCGGAAGGAAAAGAGUGACGCGCGGGAACUGAAAUGCUUAUAUCAGAAGUAUGCGGACAUUUUUAAACAUGGAGGAGAGAGUGCAUCGGCUAGUAGGGAACAGUUGAUGAGUCUUUAUGUAAUUGCUUCUGUUCUGCUCGAAGUAUGGAAGACAGUUACAUCUGAAGCUGGUCUUGAGAAACUUGCUUCUGGUGAAGACAUUGAAGAAAAACCUGAGCUAUAUGUUCCUUACAACAUUCUUCCACUUGAUCCUGGAGGUGCACAACAAGCAAUCAUGCAGCUCCCUGAGAUUAAAGCUGCAGUUGCAGCAGUCCAGAACAUUCGUGGUUUGCCACUAGCAGAAAAUCAUCAGAAACCAAGGGCCUUUCUGGAUUUACUUGAUUGGCUGCGCUAUUGGUUUGGAUUUCAGGAAGGAAACGUAGUCAAUCAGAGGGAGCAUCUGAUUUUGUUGCUUGCUAACAUACAUGUUAGGCAGAUUCCCAAGCCAGCAUCGAUGUCAAAGUUAGAUGAAAGAGCUGUGGAUGAGCUGAUGAAAAAGGUGUUUAAAAAUUACAAGCACUGGUGCAAAUUUUUAGGGAGGAAAAACAACCUCUGGCUACCUUCUGUGAAGCAGGAAGUACAGCAAUAUAAAAUUUUAUAUACAGGCCUUUAUCUUUUGAUAUGGGGGGAGGCUUCAAACUUGAGGCUCAUGCCUGAGUGUCUUUGUUACAUUUUUCAUCAUAUGGCAUAUGAAUUAUUUGGCGUGUUGUCUGGUGCUGUUAGCCUGGUUACUGGGGAAAAAAUCUUACCAGAGUAUAGAGGAGGAUCUGAGUCUUUCCUUUACUCUGUAGUUACCCCAAUAUACGACGUCGUAAAGAAGGAAGCAGAGAGAAACAGAAGUGGGACUGCUGAGCAUUCUAAAUGGAGAAACUAUGAUGACCUCAAUGAGUUUUUCUGGUCUCCUGAUUGUUUCCAGCUAGGUUGGCCCAUGCGCCUUGACCAUAACUUUUUUAUCACAUCUGAAUGCAAAGAUGGCCAUACUGCCAAUGCUAAGGAUACCAAAGAUGAAGAUCGUGGGAGAAAAUGGUUAGGGAAGACAAAUUUUGAAGAGAUUCGCUCAUUUUGGCACCGUUUUAGAAGCUUUGAUAGGAUGUGGGCGGGCAGCCGGGAUACUGAAGAUGAAGAUUUUGAGAGAAAAUGGUUAGGGAAGACAAAUUUUGUAGAGAUUCGUUCAUUUUGGCACCUUUUUAGAAGCUUUGAUAGGAUGUGGACAUUUUUUAUACUAGCUCUUCAGGUGCUGAUAAUAAUGGCUUGGCAUGGUUUGGGAUCACUGUUUCAAUUUGUUGAUGCAACAAUAUUUGAGGAUAUUAUGAGCAUCUUCAUAACUUCUGCAAUUCUUAGGCUCGUACAAGUAACCUUCGACAUUAUUUUCACAUGGAAAGCAAGGCACUCUAUGCACUUCUCCCAAAUCCUUAGAUACAUUAUGAAGCUUGUCACUGCUGCAACAUGGACCAUCAUCCUUCCAAUCUAUUAUGUGGAUUCUAGAAGAAACUCUUCUUGCUCUACCAAACGGUUUAGGAGUGGAGUUGGAGAAUGGUGCUUCUCAUCAUAUAUGGCUACAGUUGCAAUAUACUUGUUGUCGAAUGCUGUUGGGAUGGUAUUAUUUUUUAUCCCUGCAAUUAGCAGCCAUAUUGAAACCUCAAAUUGGCGGAUUUGCUCAAUUUUGUCUUGGUGGGCACAGCCACAACAAUAUGUUGGACGGGGAAUGCAAGAACGACAGGUCUCCGUUUUGAAGUAUACAUUUUUCUGGGGACUAUUACUGUUCAGCAAAUUUUCAUUCAGCUACCAUUUUCAGCUAAAACCGCUUGUGGAGCCAACAAAGCAGAUAAUGAGAAUUGGUGUAAGCAAGUAUGAGUGGCAUGAGCUUUUCCCAAAAGUGAAAAGCAAUGCUGGGGCUAUUGUGGCUGUCUGGGCUCCUAUCAUAAUUGUAUAUUUUAUGGACACACAAAUUUGGUAUUCUAUUUUCUGUACUCUCUUUGGGGGAGUCUAUGGCAUGUUUCAUCAUCUUGGUGAGAUUCGUACAAUGGGAAUGCUGAGAAGUAGAUUCCAGUCGCUGCCCUCUGCUUUCAAUGUUCGCCUCAUUCCACCCUCAUCAAGAAAAGAACACGAGACAAAUGUCAGUAGCUUCCUCCAGAAAAAAAUUCGCAAGGUAUCGGAAAUUGGGAAAAACAGUGCUGCAAAAUUUGCUCAAGUAUGGAACCAAAUUAUAAGUAGUUUCCGUUCAGAAGACUUGAUAAGCAACAGAGAGAUGGAUUUGCUGACUAUACCUUUGUCAUCAGAGUUAAGUGCUGGCUCGAUCCGAUGGCCUGUUUUCCUUCUAGCUACCAAGCUUUCAACAGCUCUGGACAUGGCUAGAGAUUUUGUUGGAAAGGACGAGCAUCUUUACAGAAAAAUAAAGAAAGAUGACUACACGUACGAUGCUGUAGUGGAGUGCUACGAGUCAUUGAAGAACAUCCUUGAUUUCCUUGUCAUGGGCGAACUUGAGAAAAGGAUUAUGGCUGAUAUAAUUUAUGCGGUCGAAGAAAGUAUGAAUAGAUCCAGCCUUCUUGUGGACUUCAAGAUGAGUGAACUACCAGUUCUUUGUGAAAACUGUAUUGAGCUGGUUAAACUUUUGUUUGAGAAUAAAGAAGCCCAUAAAGAUAAAGUAGUGAGAUUACUCCAAGAUGUCUUUGAGGUCGUGACCAAAGAUAUGAUGAUAAAUGGAUCCAGAAUUUUGAAUUUGAUUUCUUGCUCCCAUCCCCUGGAGGGGGAUGCUGCUAUUUCACUCGGAAAGCAUGACCCAAAGCACCCUGACUCCUGUGUCCCAAAGCAUGAGCCAGAGCUGUUUUCAUCAAGCGAUGGCAUCUGUUUCCCACUGCCAAAUACUGACCAAUUAAAGCAACAGAUGAAGCGUUUGCUUUUGUUGCUUACCACCAAAGAAACAGCUAUGGAUAUCCCUGUGAAUUUAGAAGCUCGUCGGCGUAUUUCAUUCUUUGCAACUUCUCUGUUAAUGGAUAUGCCUGCUGCACCUAAAGUUCGCAAUAUGCUGUCAUUCAGUGUCUUGACUCCCUACUACAUGGAAGAAGUUAACUUUUCAAAGGACGAACUUCAUUCAAGUCAAGAUUGGGUCCCCAUUAUCUUUUAUAUGCAAACAAUAUAUCCAGAUGAGUGGAAAAACUUCUUGGAGCGAAUGGGAUGUGACAGUUGGAAUGAACACAAUGUUGAAGAGCUUCGAAAUUGGGCUUCUUUUCGUGGACAAACACUAAGCCGUACAGUUAGAGGAAUGAUGUACUAUCGGAAGGCAUUAAAACUGCAAGCCUUUCUAGACAUGGCUGAAGAUGAAGAUAUUCUUGAAAGCUACAAGGGUAUCGAAGGGGAACAUGACAGGAAAAAUAGCCAGCUGUCAUUGUCAGCACAACAAGAUGCACUAGCAGAUUUGAAGUUCACAUAUGUCAUCUCUUGUCAAAUGCUUGGAGCACAAAAAGCUUCUGGAGAUUCACGUGCCAAGGAUAUUUUGGAGUUGAUGAUAAAGUAUCCUUCUGUACGCGUUGCUUACAUUGAGGAGAAAGAAGAGCUAGGUGGGGAUAAAAAGGUUAAGAAGGUUUAUUCUUCUAUACUGAUUAAAGCAAUGAAUAAAUUGGAGCAGGAGAUAUAUCGUGUCAGGCUACCUGGUCCACCAUUUAUUGGAGAAGGAAAGCCUGAGAACCAGAAUCAAGCUAUUAUUUUCACCCGUGGUGAUGCCCUCCAAACGAUAGAUAUGAAUCAAGAUAACUAUAUGGAAGAAGCCUUCAAAAUGAGGAAUGUGCUGCAAGAAUUUCUUAGGCAUCAUGCAGAACGUCCCCCAACUAUAAUUGGUCUUAGAGAACACAUAUUCACUGGAAGUGUUUCUUCUCUUGCUGGGUUCAUGUCUUACCAAGAGACUAGUUUUGUUACCAUUGGACAAAGGCUUCUAGCAGAUCCUCUCAGGGUGCGAUUUCACUAUGGUCAUCCAGAUUUAUUUGACAGGGUAUUUCACUUAACGAGAGGUGGCAUAAGCAAAGCAUCAAAAACUAUUAACUUGAGCGAGGAUGUAUUUGCUGGAUUUAAUUCCACGUUGCGACGAGGAUACAUAACUUACCGUGAGUACAUGCAAGUUGGAAAAGGUCGAGAUGUAGGUCUAAACCAGGUCACAAAGUUUGAGGCAAAAGUAGCCAAUGGGAACAGUGAACAAACUCUAAGCCGUGAUAUAUACCGCCUUGGACGCCGUUUUGACUUUUUACGGAUGCUAUCCUGUUACUUCACAACUGUUGGAUUUUACUUCAAUACUCUGAUAUCUGUGCUUGGAGUUUAUAUUUUCCUGUAUGGGCAACUAUAUCUGAUUCUUAGUGGACUGGAAAAAGCACUCCUUACUGAGGCUAGAAUGCAGGACAUAAAAUCCUUGGAAACAGUACUUGCAUCGCAAUCAUUUAUCCAGCUCGGACUUCUAACAGGCUUACCGAUGCUGAUGGAGAUUGGACUUGAGAAAGGUUUCCGUACAGCCUUGAGUGAUUUUAUCCUCAUGCAAAUGCAGCUAGCCGCAGUUUUCUUCACUUUCUCCCUUGGAACAAAAUGCCACUAUUAUGGUCGAACGAUCCUUCAUGGGGGUGCCAAGUACAGACCUACUGGGCGCAAAUUUGUGGUGUUCCACGCAAGCUUCACCGAGAACUACCGAUUAUAUUCACGUAGCCACUUCGUGAAAGGAUUUGAAUUGAUGCUCCUCCUAAUCAUCUACAAUUCAUUCCGCCAAUCUCACCAGAACAGCAUGAAUAAUGUAUUGGCUGCAUAUUCCAUCUGGUUCAUGGUGGGAACCUGGCUCUUUGCACCAUUUCUGUUCAAUCCUUCUGGUUUUGAGUGGCAGAAGGUUGUGGAGGACUGGAAGGACUGGAAUAAGUGGAUAAAGAAUCAGGGCGGUAUAGGAGUACAACAAAACAAAAGCUGGGAGUCCUGGUGGAAUGAAGAACAGACCCAUCUCAAGCAUUCAGGGCUAGGGGCUAGGAUUGUUGAAAUACUUCUCUCUAUUCGGUUCUUUAUUUACCAGUACGGACUAGUUUAUCACCUCGACAUAUCUCAAGAGAAUAAAAAUUUUCUGGUUUAUGUGCUGUCCUGGGUCGUCAUCGGUACCAUCUUCUUAAUUGUCAAGGUAUUGGAUGAGGGGCGGGAGUGGCUCAGUACACGUUUUCAUCUUCUUUUCAGGAUUUUCAAAGCGGUCCUUUUCUUAGGCGUGUUAUCUAUCAUAAUUACUCUGUUUGUUAUCUGUAAAUUAUCUAUGAUCGACUUGUUCGUAUGUUCUCUUGCAUUUCUUCCCACAGGAUGGGGUUUGCUGUCGAUUGCACAAGCUGUGAGGCCCCGGAUUGAGAAGUUUGGGUUGUGGGACUCUGUUCAGGUCCUUUCUCAAGCUUAUGACUAUGGAAUGGGUCUUUUGCUUUUUGCACCAUUGGCUGCUUUGUCAUGGCUCCCUGUCAUAUCAGACUUCCAAACCCGCUUUCUUUUCAAUCCAGCAUUUAACCGGCACCUGCAAAUUGAAACGAUUCUUCCCGGAAAACAUAAGCAAAUGUGAUUCUAUCUGCAGAAGUGGCAAAUGUCUGUACAUAUAUACAUUAAUUAUAAUCUAGAUUAUUAGUUGGAAUGAGCAUGCCUUGCAUGUAAAUAUAGAUAUUACUUGUGUAGUCUCCAGACUGCAACAUGAGCAUUUUAGCUUUGAUUUUGACUCUUAUCCAACCCAGAUAGCAUUCAAGAUGUGAGUUCCUUAAUUGGAAAAUUAGAAGAAAGAAUUAUCUUUUUUUC